AUGGCAAAGGUUUAUUGGGGCUGUUGCGAUCCUGAUAAUAAUAUGAAUGGUGAUAACAAUAAUGAUUUUGUUACAUGUUUAAGAUGUAAAAAAAGAUAUCAUAUUGAGUGUAUAUCAAUUAAUGAAUCCUUUCUUUCUAAAGAAAUACGCGCUACAUGGAACUGUCCCGAGUGUGUUAAUAAAUUGCCGAAGUCUAAGAAAAACGACAGCACACCAAUUCGAAACACAUCGAAUAAUAGAGGCAAUAAAAGACCAGCUUUAAAAUCUCCCCCAGGAGAUACUUCAAAGUCACAUAUAACUCGUGAUGAUAUUCAGGACAUUGCCAACGACGACGACGAAGCCAUGACCAAAAAAAUGGAUGAAAAUUUCCUUAGAAUGCGCCAAGAUAUGAUUAAUGUUUUUAAUGAAACAUUAAAACCAAUCAAUGCGGAGCUAUCUCAAAUCAAAGAAUCUAUGAAUUUUUUAAAUGGUCAAUUCGAAGACAUGAAAAAACUAAUGAGGUAA